AGACGGCAGACUUAUCGUCUCUCCCUCUCGCUCUCUCUUUUUGCUCCCUACCAAUCUUUUAGUGCCUCCUCUCUACCCCUCCCUCUCUUAGUUUCUCCCUCCUUCCCUCUUCCGUCCUCCUUCCUCCCUUAUUCUGUCUUAAACCCACACCCUUGUGCAGACCUAGAUGUGCAGACACCCGAAGACACUCGCAGCCUUGUCUACCUCCAUCUCUUUCCAUCCCUGCCCCGGCGGAUUAGAGCACACUACUGUGUGUAACAAAGCAACAAUGUCUGACAAACCUGACCUGACAGAGAUUGCCUGUUUCGACAAGACCAAACUGAAGAAGACUGAGACGAAAGAGAAGAACCCCCUGCCAACCAAAGAGACCAUUGAACAGGAAAGGAAAGGGGAUGCCACGCCUUGAUGUGACUUGGUGAAGAAGAGGAGAAGAGGAGGAGAGGGAAACAGGAGAGGAGACAGAGAUGCCACCAACAAAAUCACUUUGUUUUGUCUGUCUGUCAGUAUUCUACUUUAAGUCACGUUGUGUUGUAUAACAGGGUGCUGUAGGGCCCCAGGAGAUGCAGUAGUGGAGGAGGGUACAUGGGAUGUAUUCCAAAUGGCACCUUAUUCCCUAUAUAGUGCAAUACUUUUGACCUGGUCCACUAUAUAGGGAAUAUGGUGCCAUUUGAGACACAGCAUGCCAUCUUCACAGGGCUCUAUCUUUCAUUAGGAGAAUAGAGUUGUAACAUGGAUACCAGGAUGGUUCUGUUUUAAAUAACACGUAUUGGGCCAGAAACCCUCUACCCUCUAGCCUUUACUCCUUUACUCCCUAGCCUCUACACCCUAGCCUUUACUCCUUUACUCCCUAGCCUUUACACCCUAGCCUUUACUCCUUUACUCCCUAGCCUCUACACCCUAGCCUUUACUCCUUUACUCCCUAGCCUCUACACCCUAGCCUUUACUCCUUUACUCCCUAGCCUCUAACCCCCUUACUCCCUAGCCCCUACACCCUAGCCUUUACUCCCUUACUCCCUAGCCUCUAACCACCCUACGCCCUAGCUCCUACACCCUAGCCUCUAACCACCCUACGCCCUAGCUCCUACACCCCAGCCUCUAACCACCUUACUCCCCAGCCCUUAUUUCCUAACGUAUACCCAUCCAAACCAUUCAGAAGUACCAAGGGUAGGGGCUAAGGGCUAGGGGUUUGUUUCUUAAUCAGUCAGUUUUGUUGUUGAACACCAAACCAAGUCAGGCAUCCAGGCUAAGAGAGGAAGGUGGGGGGAUUAUUAAGGUGUUUUCAUAUUUCACUUUAUACUUUUCUUUAUGAAAUAAAGACAAAAUGGUGUAAUACAAAA